GCCCAGGUCAUCACACCAGUCAUCAAACACUGACCCAGGUCAUUACACCAAUCAAACACUGGUCCAGGUCAUCACACCAAUCAUCAAACACUGACCCAGGUCAUUACACCAAUCAAACACUGGUCCAGGUCAUCACACCAGUCAUCAAACACUGACCCAGGUCAUUACACCAAUCAAACACAGGUUUUCUUUCCUGACUAAUCUUACCUAACUUAACCUCAUCAAUUCACUUCAUGUAUUUUAUUUUUCCAGUGAGUAAACUUUGCUCUUAAUGCUCAGUUAUUAUUAAUAUUUUUAUUACUAAACGUCUAUUUCAUAUAACUAUUAUUAUUUUUACGGAGAAGCGCUAAACCCAUAAGAGUGAAAGAGCACUAGAGGAAUACCUUGUGAUGCAGUGUAUAACAGCUCAAUAUAAGUGAAACAGCCACUGUAUAACUGGAUAAUUCAUCAUUCAUAUUAUUAUAUAACCAGGAUAUAAAACUUUCCAAUGACUCUACGUAGAUACCAAUGAUGAACUGCUUAAGUGUGUGAAAGAAAACAAUUGAUAAGUUGCUUCAAGGGUGCUCCUGGUGUGUUGCUUCAAGUGUUCCUGGUGUGUUGCUUCUUACCUCUACCACUGUGGCAAGAUGGCUUUGACAUGGCACUAUCUGCUGACUGCAAUGAUGUGUCUUUUGGGACUUGGCUUAUCAGUGCCCAGUGAUGACCAAGAGAAACAUGUGGCUCCUUCCAGUACUACACAGUCCACCUCUGAUGCAACUAUACAAUCUGAGAAAAUCAUAAGUUCCUUGGAUGCACUACCUCUCAAGCCAAGAUUAAAGUCAUCACUAUUUAACACUUCGAUCUUUGACAAAACAAUAUUAGAUAAGAUUUUUAGUUUUAACUACUUUUAUCCUAUAAUAGAGGUUGUGAAUGAGAGCAACACAACAGCUCCAGUGAAUGCAAAUGCUGAAGAGACUUCUACCACCAUUACAUUUGAUCCCAUUGGUCAGCUCUUCCGUUUCAUUAAACAGCUGGUCAAUUCUCUUAAGGAAUAUGAUUCAAUAGUAGACUGGUGGGAGACAGUUAAAAGAUAUUUUAGAGAAUUUUCUUUUUUCAAUGAACAGAUAACAUUGCAAAAUGUAACAGUUUACCCUGGACCAAUUAAAGUUUUGCGGAGAAAUACCAUAGGUAUACCCGGGCAAUUUGCUCUAGGAAUAUAUGAUCCCUUGAAGUUCGCCCUCAACCUCUUCAUCCUUGCAGCCUCUCAAUCACUUUUCUUGAAUGCGUACAUCUCUAGUCCUUACAUGAAGGAUUCCCUGUUUGGAGGAGAGGAUGCACCUCCUGACAAUGGGCAACAAGAUAAUAAUACCACUCAAGAUGUAGGAAACAGUGUUGACAACCAAGGUUUAGGUGAAGGUGAUAACCAAGGUUCUGAUUUAGGUGAAGGUCCUACUUUAAAUGAACCUGUCACUACAGUUUUACCUGAAGGCAGAAAUCCAGACUUAAACCAAUUUAAUAAUCAAGGUUUAAACCAGUUUAAUGAUGAAGGUUUGGACCAAUUUAAUGAUCAAGGUUUAGACCAAUUUAAUGAUCAAGAUUCAGACCAACUGAAUGAUCAAGGUUUAAAGCAAUUUAAUGAUGAAGGAUUAGACCAAUUUAAUGAUGAAGGUUUAGGCCAAUUUAACAGUCAAGAUUAUAGUGAAAAUAGCAAUCACAUUACAAGGGACUAUCAGUUACAAAAACACACUGGCUGGCCACAUCCCUUCCACUUUAACCACUGGUAUUACAACACUCAUGGCAACAUGUUGCGUAACAAUUAUAAGCGGAGGUGAAGCACUGCCUUCCAGGAUAUCAACAGACUCUACAAGCAGAGGUGAGGUACUACCUUCCAGAAUAUCAACAGACUCUACAAGCAGAGGUGAGGUACUACCUUCUGGAACACAAAUAAACUCUAUAAGCAGAAACAAGGCUAUACCUUCCAGUACAGUAAUGGAUUCAAGUAUUAGGGAGCCCUGCAUCACCAUCACUACCACCUUUAUCACUAGCCUCUUAGGCAAAGAUAAAUGUUUAAAACUAUAACUAUUUCUUAUGAAAAGUUUUUUCUAGUAAGACCAUUUAUGAGAAGUGGCAUUAAUUAUAUUUUAUUGCCAAGGAGAUUUUUUUUUAUCAUGAUGUUUCACCUGCAAGGUAAUUUAUCAAAGCCUUUCGUAGCUGAAAAAUUGUAAUAAUAAAAGAUCUCUUGCUAUAUGUGCCUCUUUUUUUUUUUUUGAUGUAUUAGCUCACAGCCAUACUGCAACUUUUUAUUUACUGUAGAGAAAUCUAGGGAGAAUCAGUCUGAAAUUAUUACUGUUCACAUGAGACAAGUAAAAUUUUCAAAAGAGAGUAUAAAAUCCAACUCAGUACUGUAUACUAUGCUAGCUUAAUGUCUCAAAUUCCUAAAGGCAAGUUGAGUAUAGUAUUGUAUAGCAUCAAGUUACCAUCAGAACAUGCGCUAUUAGUUUUGGGCAAGGUACUGUAAUUAGAAAUGUGGAUAGUGUUGUAUAAUACAGAUGUUUUAAUUAUUUAUGCAUAAUUAAUUUUACAUAUUUUACACUUUUGUACAUAUGGAUCUAGAACACUGUAUCUAUUUCACUUUGGUAACUAUGAAACAAAUUAACCUGUUUUUCUCAUACCUAUUAGAUGAUGCAUUUUUUCACUCAUAGAAAGUUUUCUCACUCAUGAAGGACUAGAGGUCAAAAUGGAAAGGGAUGUGUUGGAAGAGACAGUAUUCAGACACUUUGGAGUUGAUGUAGCAGCAAAUGGGUUGAUGAAGACUGAGGUAAAUCACAAAGUAGGUGAUGGAAAGCAGGUUGCCAGAGUUCUGAAUAGCCUGUGGAAUUAGAGAAAUUUAUCAACAGAUGCAAUAAUAGGUAGGUAAUACAUUACAAUGGCAUUAACAUUAUUUAAUUUUUACCACUGUGGGAGUCAAAUUUAAUUAACAGAUUUGACUAAAUUAGCUAUUUCCUGCAUACCAGCAACUCAUAUCCUUUGCAUUAUUAGGGCUAAAAUGCUAGAUACUGGAGGUAAUGUUUAUAUACUGGAUUGACAGGUUCUGCACCUCUCCAUGAGAGAAACUAACACCACUAUUUAUAUACCCUCUGCUGCUCUUCAGCUGCAUUAUCAGGGUUAAAAAAGGAGAGGAACCUGGAUAUAAUGUGCAAACAGUACCUACUUUACAAUUUGUGUUUUCUUGUUAAACUCACAUUUUUGAUAAAAAACUAAGGACUUGUGUGAGGGGUGUCAGCCAUGUUUACAUCUGGAUGUCCGUCCAUCCCUCCCACACUCUGCUCCUGACUUAUUUUUAUUAUUGAAAAUGCAAGGGAAAUUAUAGUUUAUUUUAUUUUUUGUUUAAAAAAUUAAUAUGUAUUAAACAAAUUAUAUUUACAGAAGCAUUCUGGUAGUCAAUUUCAUAGCAGUGAGACAGACACACAGACUUCUGGCUAGUCUUCUGCAUCAGCCUUCGUCAGGUGUGGACGUCUCUUUCUUGCCUGAGUAUUUGUGAUAAAUUUCCCUCAUUCUCUCUGGGACACUUGUCCUCGUCUAUUUUGCCUGCCAGGCACUCUACAAGAGGGGCACCUGGUCAUCGACUUACUUUAACCAGUUCCAUUUUUUCCGCUCUGCAGAUAAUUCUUUAACAGUCUUUGGUGGGAAGCAGGUUACUGUACUCAGGUGGGGGUGUGGGUGUUCUGCUCUGCUGGGCCCUGGCAUGGGGUCCACUGGAUCUAAUUGGAAAUUUAAAGUUUCUACCUCUAUUUACAAAGGAACUUUUGUUCCUUUUCUUUCAUCACCCAGCUUGGGCAACAAAUCUUCCUCGUACCAUCGAGAAGUCGGGGUUGAUAUGGCUUAUGCUAUCAGUGGCCCUGAUAAACCCAACAAAGAAAGACAGACACACAGACCCUUGGGGUCAAUGCAACCCCUCAGUCCAGCAAUAACAACAGGACACACUGAUAACCUGAAUUUUUUUUUUUUUUUUUUUUUUUUCACCAUUUUUCAUAUGUUUAGGGACAGUUUGCACUUAUAUUAUGGUGGCUAUUACUGUGGUAAAAUUUAUUUAGUAAAAAAAAUCUUAUGGCUGGUAAUAUAUGGUAUUGUUACUGAUGUUUACAGGUGAUUGUGGUUGUGGUGGAGGCAGGUGAUAGUUGUGGAACUGCCUGUCUUAUCUUUGUACAUGUACUCUAUAAAGCUACAUCACCCUCUCCCCACAAUUUCUACAUCAACAAGCAACAACUGUAAUGCAAUGAACAGAAAACUUGAUUAUUUUUGAGUUGUGACAAAUUACAAAGCUUUAAAAAAAAUU